GACACCGAACAGGACAGUGGAAUGUUGUACUUUUGUAUACCAAGGCAAAGUCGCCAUGGUUGGGAGCCUGAGAUCAGUGGGAUGGAUGCUCGGGUUGGGUUCAACUUGGUUUGUACCUUUGCACAAGUGCCGAAAGGUGAAUGGUGCAUGUCCAUCGGAUUGCCUUGUUACUACGCAGCGCUGAAUGAGAAGAGUGGCGAGCCUUUAUGCCUUUCAAAGCUUUAGAUUGGUCGUGUCUCUGACAAAAGGAUCGUACAUCUGGUUCCACAGAGAGAUGCCGAAUUACACACACGUGGCUCCCUAGAGGGAAUGAAUGUGGAGGGACUGUGCAGUUUUUCCAUUGGCAAGGGUUUGAUUGCAAAAAUCUCCCACAGUUUCAAAGCCGUUCCACCGUUCUGCCUGAGCUACGGUUGUCACAGUCACUGCUGGCCAUAUCAGGGUCUCAAGGAUCAGAUAUCCGGGUACCUUACAGUGCUUUGACAGUGAUGCCAAAUGUCACUCAAGGGCUGCUCUGGUUGCGACUGAAAUCACCGAUAGCUUGGGAAAUCGAAGGACCCUACGAUAGCUUAUUAGCAUUGGAUAGAUUCGUCGCCCGCCCGCGGAUGAACCCAUAAACAAUGGAAAGCUCAAAGCAAAGCAUGCGUAAACAUGAAUCGAAUGGCAAACGUGAUGCUUGUUGUCUAAUCGCAAUGGUCUUUCAACGCGAUUGGAUGAUGACUCGUGGACAUGUAAUUGCUAUUGGCUAAGUGGAGAAUCAAUCUCCUUUGCAGUUGGUCCCACGAAAAAGCUGGAAAAUCUGCUGCAACGCUCUCGAUGAAUGAACUGCUCGUUGACGGCACAGGGCGAUCGUAGCAAGCCUGAAGCCUCAACGUCACGUCAGCCAAAGCACAACAAAGUUCACAUCCAGGAAGCAAACCUCUUUCACCCCACGGUCAAUUACCUUGAUUUCGUCCGUGGCAUCAUCAGGAUUCCCUCCUCGGCUGCGCACUUCCUACGCUACGAGACAUUGAGAACUCAAAGGAGAGAGGCUCAACUCCAGCAGCAGGACGGUACUAUACUUUUCACAGUGGUCAAACCCCGAUGUGAAAGUAGCAGGCAUCAGAUAUCACCACCUACUAGCUAACUUUGAUUUGCUCUCAGGUUCUAAUCUAAGACCGACGAGGAGGAGGGAGGGAGGGAAGGAGGGCGCAUAUGAUUUUACAGCCAAGGUUUCAGGUUUUAACUAGGAUCGAGUUCUAGCAUAGUGAAAACGCAACAAGAAACAGAAAUCAACCAGCUCCUAUAUAAAAAGCAAGAGAAUGAGAGGGACAGGAGAAUUGUGCUUCUGUAGAUGCUGGUUCACAAAGUGAUAGCUUGUGGUACCAGAGAGAUACCAGGAACAAGUUUAAAUCUGCUCCAGCAGCAGUAGCAGCAGCAGGGGACGACGGAGACGGACACAGGGAGGCCAAACAGAAAAAGGACAACCUACGGCCAUCCUUUUUCUGCUAGGCUUCGAGAUCAAAUGUGUCAGAGGCAGAGACAAGGAACAGAGACGACAGAUCGGCCCGGGGGCCGGGAGACAGAGAUGGAGAGCACUGUUGAUAAAAGUGGCAAUGGAAGGCCGACGGAUGCGUUUGAGGUGUGGGGGCAAGGCAUAACAAGAAUAUCUGCUGCAUAUUCCCCUACAGCUCUACAGCAUAAACAGAUAUUAGCAGGAAUGUGCUGCUCGCGCAUUUGGGAAUUCGUUGGUUGCUCCUCGUGAUUGGCCGCCAAGCAGCCAGCUGCAAUCAGUUCCAGUGUCGUCUUCAACCUUCUUCCAACUGCUGUCGUACCACUCUACCAUUCGACCACUUCGAACCUACUCACAGCUAAGCUGCCGAUGCUGCUACCAUAGUACUCGAGCAUAUUCCUUCCAGAUGCCCUUAUUUUUGAACCAUUUCCUUACUUCUGGAGGCCCUUUCUCAUGUGCUCGGCUCCGCUGCCCUUCCAUCAUCGCAUUCCUAAUCUUCCGGAGCACUGGAUGGUUCACCAAUGAUGUCGAAGUGGAUUGUUCUCCUAUUCCUCCUCCUCCUCCUCUUGUUCUUUUAAGACCUCUCUGUGCUUUGGCUUCCACCUAGCAUGAUGAAUCUUCUCGUCCACAGCUCCCAUUUGACUCGAAGAGUCCAGAGUGUUUUGCGAAGCUUGGAGAUGGUCUGAAGAUCUGAUGUUUCUGAUGGUGGGUGAGUGAGUGAGUAGCGAGGGAGUUUCAGUCUAUUUUCAUUGCCUGGUUUAAGGUUGACUUCUACAUACUUUCUAAUUGGAAUGCUCUACGGAUCAUGCUCCCCAUGUUCAGUUUUUCGUCGCUCGAUGUUUGCAAUGGUAUCACUCCAUGCAAUGGCAUACUUUAUUCUGCAAAGGACUUUGUUGGAAUGCUGUUCUGAGCAGGGAUCGUUCUAGUUUCCAGUGUUGUUUUUCAGCUGCAUUGGAAGCUGCGUUGCAAGGGUGUUGGUUGUUGAUGUCGUGCAUUUGGAUCGAAAAGCUUCGACUUGCCACUUCUAACCUCUACUUCACCGGCCCUUCACAAUCUCAGCUUCGUUCUGUUGUCAGCACCGUGCGUCAUCUCGAUGUCAUGUACAUUGUCCCCAAGUAAGCUCAUCCGACAUUGUGGUUGUCCAAUACUUCAAGACGACGCGUGUCUUCACGGAACAACGAGAUUUACGAACUUCCGAUUAGAACUCGCCGAAUUCUUUCAGGAGUUGAGGAAAGGAACCCUCGACUUCACUUCAGCUAGGAAGACUUGCAAAUUACUGAGAGGUACGAUUUGGGCAAGGCACAGAAUCUUCCAGAUGAACCUAUAGAGUGUCUUCUCGGGUGGAGAGGAAUGUGUGAAUGAUUUCGUGUUUCUAAUUUGCCUUCAAGCUCUGACUUGGAGUUCUUUUCCGUUUAGGAUUUGGAAUAUGGUUGAGAGAUAUGCAAUAUGUAGCUGUCUCAAGCUUUAUUACAUUCAUCGAACGCGAAUGCGUGAAUCUCUGGCGAGCAGCUCAUGAGCUUUGUAGGUUACUGUGGGCUCCAUAAUAGCGCAUUUCUUUCUGGUCUCAUUCGUGGAAGGCAGAUUAUUUCUCGUAAUGUAGACACAGAUUCCCAAGUAAGUGUUGAUUGAUUGUAAAUGUUGCAGCUGGUGAUGAGAAACUUCUCUUACUGCAAGUGAAUUCAGAUCUGCCUUUAGACUUUUAGUCAAUCCCUUUGUAUCUCCUCUUUUCACAGUUGGCUGAACCCAAAUGGUCGUGAUACGAGCCAACAGAAAAAAAGUUUGUGAAAUGGUCCGUUUCUUCCUUGGGCCAUCAGAAGCUAGUUGUUAUCAGUCUCUUUGUCCAUCUCAGAUUGAUAUUUUUUCUUUGUGUAUAAAAGGU